UCAAUGUUUAUAAUAUCUCGUGCUUUGGUUGCAGAAUGAGAAACUCUUUCAUUUAUUAGAUUUUUUAUUCGUUUUUUCACCAAUAAUAUUAACAAUGCUAGAGGAAAUAAGACGAAAAGACUCUAUAACGAGGAAUUUUGGAUGGCCGCUAGUAUCAAGGGCGAACUGCAAGGCGAUCAUUGUUGAUUACUCUGUGAGGCCAGCUGAUCCAAAGGAGCUUCAACGAAUCUUUAACAAGUAUGCCACAGUUGAACAGGAUGGACAAAAGUACAUGACACCAGAAAACCUUAUCAGGGACUACCUUGGCAUGCAAAAGAUUCAAGAAUAUGAUGAAACAACAUUAUCCCUACUAGCUGGUGUUGUUGACCAGACCAAAGAUGGACUUAUUUCAUUCAGUGAGUUUGUUGCAUUUGAGGGGCUUCUUCGUGACCCUGAUAGCUAUCACAAAUUGAUUUUUCAAUUAUUUGACUUGGAUGGCAAAGGUUCUGUCUCUUUUGAUGAGUUCCAGACUGUCAUCAAAAAGACAAAAUUCUACGAUAAACUUGAAUUCCAUUUCGAGUCAGAGUUAAUAAACAGUUACUUUGGAGCGAAAAAGGACAGAUGUGUACCAUUUCAUGAGUUUUCUCAUCUCCUUCAGGAUUUUGAAAAGGAAUACCAGCGCCAGGCAUUCUUUUAUGCAAAAAUGUCAAAUGGUGAAAUACCAGCUACAAGGUUUGCAGAAAUCAUGAAGACUCUUAGAGGCCAUCUUCUUACUCCAUAUGUGCGAGCAUAUCUCUUAACGGUGGCAGGAGGUGAAGCACGUCACCGUGUAAGCUACGGUUACUACAGGGCAUUCAAUAGCAUGCUUGAUAACAUUCUCAUCCUUCAUGAUGUUUCCAAUAAAGUGGCCAAGGGGAAACGAUAUAAAGAAAUAAAGAAAGAGGACUUCCUGCAUGAGGUUCUUAAGACACAUCCAGAGGUCACUCCUUUACAAGUGGACAUUCUGUACCAUCUUUGUGAUGUGGACAGAAGAGGUCGAAUAACAAUCUCAGACAUUCAUCACAUCCUGCCAAAGCACGAUGUUUUUAAAGUAUUCUCAACUGAAAGACAUGAUGAAGAGAUGUUGAUGGAACCAGAUGAAAAGCAAGUGUCAUUUAUCUGGAGUGUACUACAUAAUGUAUAUAGAUUUGGUCUGGGCUCAAUAGCUGGAGCCACGGGUGCUACCGCCGUGUAUCCAAUCGAUCUGGUCAAGACGCGAAUGCAGAAUCAACGAGCUGUUCUGGAUGCGGAAAAACUGUACAAAAACAGCUUUGAUUGUUUAAUUAAAGUGAUCAGGAAUGAGGGAAUACGAGGACUCUAUAGAGGUCUUCUUCCUCAGCUCGUAGGAGUUUCACCCGAAAAAGCCAUCAAACUAACGACUAAUGACAUGGUUCGAGGAUUCUUCAGCGAUAAUGAUGGUUUUAUAAGUCUUCCAUAUGAGAUCAUUGCUGGUGGAUGUGGUGGAGCAGCUCAGGUACUCUUUACCAAUCCUCUUGAGAUCGUUAAGAUUCGCUUACAAGUAGCUGGAGAACAGCCUGGAAAGAAAGUGACUGCCUUGGCUUGUGUGAAAGAACUGGGCGUCACUGGACUCUACAAGGGUGCACGAGCCUGUUUCUUGCGUGACAUUCCAUUUUCUGGCAUCUAUUUUUCUGCUUAUGCCCAUUUGAAAUUAAACCUUGCUGACGAAAACGGACAUAACGGUGCAGCAAGCCUUUUUGCUGCCGCAAUGAUGGCAGCAAUCAACCAUCCACUCAACCACCCACCGUUCAUCCUCUCUAUCACUCUAUCGCCAGUCAGUCGUUCAACGACAAGUUCAAGGUCGGACUUGAUCCCGACAAACCCAGACUUGUCUCUAAACCCCGACCACAUUGGUGGAAUGCGUGUUGCCGUGGCAACGUAUGCUGGCAUCGAGACGAGGUUUGGACUGUGUCUUCCUAAAUUUCGAACGCCUCAAAAGAUGACGCUGAAUCCCAUCCAACCCGAGAAAUAAAUCGAGGCGUUCUUUUUGUGAAUAAAGUGUGUGGCAUUUUAUUUAACUGAACGUCGGCUCCUACUGGUGCCAUUGCCGAGCAACCCGGUGCCAAUCCGGGCGUUCAGUGCACUCAGUUUUUACUGGUUGUGCGUUAUCAGUGGUAUGUUUGUUGUCCGUUGUUUCCGUUGCGGUACGACUGACACGGUACUACUUUGCUAGGUUAGAGUAUUCUUGCGCGUUAAGCGAUCGAAUAUAUAUUGAACCACUAUGAUAUUAUUAAAACAACCCAAACUAUGAAAAAUACUUCACCUUUAUUAUUCUAAAACACUAGUACUUUCUUUCCUGCACCACCUGUAAUGUCUUGGCAGCUAGUGCGAACUGGAAAAUCAAAAACAAAAAAAGUCAAAAGCAAAACAAAA